AUGUAUCAAUUUACUUUAGUGUCAUCUGUCCUUGUCAGUUUAACCAUUGGAUUGGCCAACUCAACUCCAUUGUAUGGGGAGAUUGAAAGUGAUCUUGAUACAACUCGACAGUCAAUUUCCAAGGCAAACCAAAUUUUAGCCUCCAUCAAUCGAGAUGUUGACCUGUGUUUAACCAAUGCUGUUGCCUGUUCAUUGAAAAGUUAUGAUGAUUUAGAUUAUCAAACCUUGGAUGGGUCACAAUCAGCUAGCGGAUACAGUGGAAAUAUUGAUUCCAGUAACUACACUGAUGUUGAUCAGACUAACAACGAGACUAGUGUAACUUUACCACCAAGCACAGCAUCGCCAGUUUCCGUCCCAAUGUACGGCCCUGUUCCUCCAAUAAAGAUUGUGGUUCCUCCAUCAUCAGAUCAAAAGUUUACUCAUGUACUCGAGGACUUGGAUUCAUUGGAAGUUCAUGUUUCAUCGGCUAUAGCUAACUUUACUUCCAGUCGUCGGUUUACAUACACUGCAAUGUUGAAACCAAUGUUGAAACAUAUCCAUCAAUUGAAAAAUAAUUUGUCUCUUCUUCAAAAUCGAUUGAUAGGAGUUGCUGCGUUAACCAACAUUGCUUCCCAAGUUAAUGAGUUGACUGAUCAUAUUUCUGAUGCCUUGGUCAGUGGUAGUGAUGUACCAUUAGAUGACACUCCUGCUGAUGGUUCAACUACCAAACCCAAUCCCUCAACAUCCAGUAGCACUACGACUACUACAGUUAAAGCUGUUUCGAUAUUACCUUCAACAACACCAGUAUCGAUACCGCCAUCUUCAUCACCUGUAUCAUCAACCUUCUCCUCGCCUUUAUCAUCAAAACCAUCAGAGUCCACAGUAACCUCGUCAACCUCAACAGAAUCAUCUCCAUCUCAAUCAAAUUCAUCAUCACCAUUAUCAUCUUCACCCUCAACACCUUCAUCAAUCGCAACAACUGCAGCAAUCGAAAUUAGUGAGACGACAUCAAACAAUCCCAUAGUCGUAGAGGAUAAGGUUGAUGAAGUAAACACCAUUUCCAGUUAUUAA